ACUUCAAAGAACUCGAAAGGAAAGGUCGAGUCCAGGGGCCGACUCUUGUCCAUUGAUUACAGCAAAUGGGACUCCUGACAAAUCUAAUAGGGACAAUACGAUAGAUGUCAAUCUGUGAAAGACAGACAAAAGGAAAAUGAACACAAACUUAGAAGUGGUUGUACGGCAAUACGAAGCAAGAGAUUACGAUAGAUGCAGGGAGCUGUUUAUAGCAGGAAUGAUGCCUCUGACAAACAGAGCAAUGACAGUUCUCUUUCCUAGACUAUUGAAGAGGAUCCUGCCUGCCCUCACCGUGGUUGCUACAGUCGGAUUCUUGUGCCUCAAGUGGUCUACGGUGCUACUAUUUGCAUCUGCUCUUGGCUUAGUUCUUGCAUCUCUGAUGUAUAUAAUGUAUUACCGACAAAUGACAUGGUAUAUCAACUCCUGCCUACAGACAGACCUGUUUGAUAUUGAAAAGUCGUACAUGUACAACAAAGGUUCGUGCAUGUGGGUUGCCGAGUAUGACAACAAUGUAGUAGGAAUGGUUGGACUUGUCCACUCAGAGAAUCACCCCGAAGGAGUUGCAGAACUGCAACGGAUGUCUGUCUUCUCAUCAGUUAGGAGAAAGGGCAUUGCUAAAAAACUUAUUUUUGAACUUUUGGAAUUUGCCAGAGAAUAUAGGUACAGGAAAAUUAUUUUGGGGACCACAAUUUUACAACCUGUUGCUCGGACCAUGUAUAGGAAGCUUGGAUUCCAAGUUGUAAGAGAAUACCCUGUCUCUCCUAAUUUAAAAGAUUUUAAAAUUUUGGAUUAUGAAAUGGAGAUUAAAGCCAGAUAUCUGAAAAUUUUUAACAACCAAAAGUGGAGCUCCGAAAAAAGGUCUUCUAAAGGGGUGGCUCUGAUUUUUAGGAGCCGUACUUUUCGGCUUUAAUAUUUUACUGAUAUGAUCUAGUUUGUAGCACAAAUACAGAUUGAAUAUUAAGCUAAAUGUACUUACAAUACAUUACAAUAAACUUUAUUUAACGAGG